AUGUGUGCAGUGUUUCUACAGCAGCUCCUGAUUGCAGAGGUCAUAAACGAGGCGCAACGCAGCAUAAAGGACAUCGAAGAAGCCAUCACCCAGGCUCAGCCUGGAAGCAGAGCUUGUGAUGAAACGAGGAGCAUUCUUUGGCUCGCCCAGGUGGAAGGUUGCCAAACUCGAUUGGUCCAUAUGCGCUACGCGAGGUUCGCAGAUCUGAAGGUUUGUGAGAAACGGCUGCAGCUCAGAGAGCGGCGGCCGCCCCGAGAGAACUUUCGAGAUGCUGUCGAGGAGGCGCUGGAUCGCGAACGAGCUGUGCUGGAGCGCUCACGCCAGGAUCUCCUGGCCUUGGAAGCAGAAGCCCAGCAAUUCCACACAGACCUGCAGGCGAUGCGUGCGGAGCUCUCCCGCGACACGGGGGCUCGCAGGCUUCAGGUGGAGAGCGAAUUGGCCCAGAUGAGAAUGGCAACUGGAGCCAGUGUGUCUUUGCCGGAGGUGGACAAGAAGAACAACACCCAGCCCCAUCAGGCAAUCAAGCUCCUCUCCGAAGAAGAGGCCAAGUCCUUGAAGCAGCGCUCAGUUUCUGUGAUCAGAAAAGCGAAGGAACUGCCUGACAGGGUGGAUGUCACCAUUGGGCGCAUCCGGCAGGAAGCACACCAAUGCACCCACAGAUCUGCACGCCAGCUGGGCGCCAAGACCCGUGAGUUGGGAGAGUUCAAGAAGAUGUUGGAGGAGAACAUACGUGGUGUGGAUGCCACGCUCACGCAGGCGAGACAAGCCCUCUCCAAGGAAGAGGGCCGACUGGAAACUGUCAUGGGGGACAAAGCUUUGCAGGAGACCCAAGAGCGUGUGAACGACCUGACUGCCAUGGUGCAGGAGCUGCAGGACAGCUACAAAGCCCUGGUGGAGGAGCUCCGCUGCAAGGUUUCGGCGCUGGAUAUCGACAACAGCUGCCGCAGGGUGACGCCGCAAGUGGCGGCUGAACCUCCCAAGAAGAUUGGCCUGCAGCAGUCAGCCAGUGCGCGCCAUGCCCAGAGACUGAUUUUACCGUCGCGUGGAGAGCAAUCGAGCCGUGGACAUGCGUUUGUCCUGUGUGCAUGA